AUGUUGCUUUGUAUGUGUGCUUUCCAAACCACAAGACUUUUGCAACAUGCUAAUAAGUAGAAAAUCUUAUAUUUGCCUUCUGCAAUGGGCUUGAUUGAGGUAGAAAUGAAUCUGUUUUUGUAUUUACAAAGGUCAAAGACUCGCUAAAACUUCCAACUAGACCUCUCACACAUGGGUCGGACAUAUGUGGACUGCAGAUGCUGCCAACUGAGGCACCGACAAUGCUCCCAUUUCAGGCCCCUGGCCCGCGAGGGCGUCCGGUGCCCCCAGCUCAGAUCCGAAGCAUCGAUGGCGAAGGCCUGGGGUUGUCUGUACCUGUGCCUGUGCACAGCGAUGGUGCUGGUGUCGUUCCUGUCCGGCUUCCUGGUGGGCUGGUUUACUAAACCUCUUCAAACAGCCUCCUUGCUACACCAUCACGACAGUGUCCGAUGGAAACUGGUGUCUGAGAUGAAAGCAGAAAACAUCAAGUCCUUUCUUCGCUCUUUUACAAAACUCCCUCAUCUGGCAGGAACAGAAGAAAAUUUGCUGCUUGCCAAAAAAAUACAGACAGAGUGGAAGAAAUUUGGGCUGGAUUCAGCGAAGUUGGUUCAUUACGAUGUUCUUCUCUCUUUCCCGAAUGAGACAAAACCCAACUAUGUAUCAAUCCUGGAUGAACAUGGAGUGGAGAUUUUCAAAACAUCAUAUCUUGAACUGCCACCAGAUGGAUAUGAGAAUGUUACAAAUAUUGCACCUCCAUACAAUGCCUUCUCAGCCCAGGGCAUGCCAGAGGGAGAUCUCAUAUAUGUGAACUACGCUCGUACUGAAGAUUUUUUCAAACUAGAAAGAGAAUUGAGCAUCAAUUGCACUGGAAAGAUAGUUAUUGCAAGAUAUGGGAAAAUCUUCAGAGGAAAUAAAGUGAAAAAUGCCAUGUUAGCAGGGGCUACAGGCAUCAUCUUGUUCUCAGACCCAGCCGACUAUUCUGCUCCUGAGGUACAGCCAUAUCCCAAAGGAUGGAACCUUCCCGGCUCUGCAGCCCAGAGAGGGAAUGUGCUCAACCUGAAUGGUGCUGGGGACCCACUCACUCCAGGCUAUCCAGCUAAAGAGUACACCUUUCGACUUGAUGUAGAAGAAGGAGUGGGGAUCCCACAAAUCCCUGUACAUCCCAUUGGAUAUAAUGAUGCAGAAAUAUUAUUACGCCACAUGGGUGGAUCUCCCCCACCUGAUGAGAGCUGGAAGGGAGGUUUGAAUGUGGCCUAUAACAUUGGUCCUGGCUUCACAGGGCACGGUUUACUCAGGAAGGUUAGAAUGAAUGUUCAUAACACUAAUAAAAUAACAAGGAUUUACAAUGUUAUUGGAAUGAUCAGAGGAUCUGUGGAACCUGAUAGAUAUGUCAUUCUGGGAGGACAUCGAGAUUCCUGGGUGUUUGGGGCCAUUGACCCGACCAGUGGAACAGCGGCUUUGCAUGAGAUUGUCCAGAGCUUUGGAAAGCUGCUGAAAGGAGGUUGGAGGCCUAGGAGGACCAUCAUUUUUGCCAGCUGGGAUGCAGAGGAAUUUGGACUUCUGGGUUCUACAGAAUGGGCUGAGGAGAAUGCCAAAAUACUCCAGGAGAGAAGCAUUGCUUAUAUUAACUCAGAUUCAUCUAUAGAAGGUAACUAUACUCUCAGAGUUGACUGCACACCCCUUCUCUAUCAAUUGGUUUAUCAGCUGACGAAAGAGAUUGCUAGCCCUGAUGACGGCUUUGAGAAUAAAUCUCUUUAUGAAAGCUGGUUGGAAAAGGACCCUUCAUUGGAAAAUGAAAAUCUCCCUAGAAUAAACAAACUGGGAUCUGGGAGUGAUUUUGAAGCUUAUUUUCAGAGACUUGGAAUUGCUUCCGGCCGAGCCCGCUACACUAAGAACCGGAAAGCAGAUAAAUACAGCAGCUACCCAGUAUAUCAUACAGUCUAUGAAACAUUUGAAUUGGUAGAGAAUUUUUAUGACCCCACAUUUAAAAAACAGCUUUCUGUUGCUCAGUUACGAGGAACAUUGGUUUAUGAACUUGCAGACUCUAAAAUAAUUCCUUUCAAUAUUCAAGACUAUGCAAAAGCUUUGAAAAACUAUGCUACAAGUAUCAGCAACUUAUCCAAGAAACAUGAGCAGCAAUUGAGAGACCAUGGAGUAUCAUUUGAUUCCUUGUUUUCGGCUGUGAAAAACUUCUCAGAAGCUGCCUCUGAUUUUCAUAGAAGACUUAUGCAAGUUGAUCUUAAUAACCCCAUUGCAGUGAGAAUCAUGAAUGAUCAAUUGAUGUUCCUGGAACGAGCAUUCAUUGACCCCCUUGGCUUACCAGGGAGACAGUUCUACAGACACAUCAUCUUUGCUCCAAGUAGCCACAACAAGUAUGCUGGAGAAUCAUUUCCUGGGAUUUAUGAUGCCAUGUUUGAUAUUGAAAAUACAGCAGACCCUCAUUCAGCCUGGAGAGAAGUAAAAAAACACAUUUCUGUUGCAACGUUUACCAUUCAAGCAGCUGCAGGGACUCUAAAAGAAGUAUAAUGGGAGGCUUCUGCCAAAGGGUAGGCA